AUGGGCAUCAAACAACUCUUCCAGAUCAUCAAGGAGGAAGCUCCAGAUGCGAUCAAGGAGGGUGAGAUCAAGAACCAGUUUGGCCGCAAGGUCGCCAUUGAUGCGUCAAUGAGUAUUUACAGUUUCCUCAUCGCCGUACGAUCCGAAGGUCAGCAGCUUAUGAAUGAGAGUGGAGAGACAACAUCGCAUCUAAUGGGAAUGUUUUACCGUACCCUACGUAUGGUUGACAACGGCAUAAAGCCUCUCUAUGUCUUCGAUGGUGCGCCUCCGAAGCUCAAGUCAGGAGAACUGGCCAAGCGUUUCCAACGCAAACAAGAGGCUACUGAAGGCCUCGAGGAGGCCAAGGAGACAGGUACAGCAGAGGACAUUGAAAAGUUCUCGCGACGAACCGUUCGUGUCACCCGUGAGCACAAUGCGGAGUGCCAGCGUCUGCUGAAGCUCAUGGGUAUACCUUAUAUCAUUGCGCCUACGGAGGCUGAGGCCCAGUGUGCCGUCUUGGCUCAGGCUGGCAAGGUGUAUGCGGCUGCUAGUGAGGAUAUGGAUACCCUCUGCUUCAACACCCCUAUUCUGCUACGCCACCUUACAUUCAGCGAGCAGAGGAAGGAACCUAUUCAGGAGAUUCGCCUAGAGAGAGUACUUGAAGGCUUGAACAUGGAAAGAAAGCAGUUUGUCGAUCUUUGCAUUUUGCUCGGUUGUGAUUAUCUCGACCCAAUCCCCAAGGUCGGACCCAGUACAGCCCUCAAGAUGAUCCGCGACCAUGGCUCGCUAGAAAAGGUUGUUGAGGCGAUCGAGAAGGACUCGAAGAAGAAGUAUGUCAUCCCCGAAGAUUGGCCCUACAAGGACGCACGAGACCUUUUUUUCGAGCCGGAUGUGCGCCAGGCCGAUCACCCUGAUUGUGACUUCAAGUGGGAGAAGCCCGACAUGGAAGGCCUUGUCCAAUUUCUGGUCACCGAAAAGGGUUUCUCGGAGGACCGUGUUCGCAGCGGAGGAGCCCGCUUGGAGAAGAACCUAAAGAGUUCUCAGCAAGCCCGUCUCGAGGGUUUCUUCAAACCAGUCCCCAAGACGGAUGAGGAGAAGGCAGCACACAAGCGAAAAUUGGAGGAGAAGAAUGAAGAGAAGAGAAAGAAGGCCAAGCAGGAGAAGAAGGACAAGGUGGCUUCUAAGGCGAAGCCUCGAGGUACCAAGUAG